AUAUGCCCCUUUGAGCUUAUUAUUUCAUACUGUCUUUGACAUGUUACACCUAUAUAGUACAUUUUCUUCCAGAAUCGGAGUGCUUUACAAAUAUUAGCUAACUAAGCUGCACAACACCCCUGUGAAGUAAAGGUAUAUGUCAAAAUAUAUGUAGUAAAUCUAUAUUCAAUAUAGUUAACUAUAAAGAUAGUCCUGAUAUGCGAUAGAUAUAAUUUUAACAGAAUAUUUUCCUUUGCCAUAAUAAAGAACAAACUGGUUCAACUGAUCCUUUUCAGGAUACAUUUGAAGGUUAAGUAGCUACAGAUCUCAACUAAUCCAGUGUAAUCUGCUAUUACUAAAUGGAUAUGUCUCCAUUCACAUUCAUUGCACACAGCACACGAGUGCCUGGGAAUAAAAGUUUUUAGAUUUUGUUCAUAUCAAUUUUGCUGGGAGGAAGUCAUGUAUCUGUUUGUUUGUUUAUGCAUCAUGAUUAGCUUUUUUGAAGAGCUAAACAGUUUUUGUCCUUCACAAUGCACUUGCAUUUACCAUGGCAGAAGUGAUGGCACUGGAACAAGGUCUGUGCUGUGUAAUGACCCUGAUAUGUUUGAGAUCCCUGUGAAUGUUCCUGUGGACACAGUAAAACUUCGUGUAGAAAAAACUGUCAUACGAAGAAUCCCCACUGAAGCCUUUUACUACUUGGUGGACCUUAAAUACCUGUGGGUGACCUACAAUUGUGUGGCUAACAUUGAUGCCAGCAGCUUUUAUAAUUUGAAGCAGCUGCAUGAAUUGCGUCUGGAUGGGAAUUUGCUGUCAAGUUUCCCUUGGGUGUCUCUUUUGGAGAUGCCCAACUUACGAACCCUUGAUUUACAUAACAACAAAUUGACCAGCAUUCCAUCUGAGGCUGGUAGAAACCUGAGAAACCUCACCUACCUGGACCUAUCCAGCAACAAACUAAUCACCUUGCCAUCAGACCUAAUGGACAUUUGGCUUUCCUUCUCAGAAGCUACACCGUCCAGGAACACAGAUCCGGCAGCACAGAGAGUCAUAUUAGGUUUGCAGGACAAUCCAUGGUUUUGUGACUGUCGGAUUUCAAAGCUAAUUGAAUUUUCCAAAAUAGUGGACACCUCUGUUAUACUUCUGGAUCCUCUUGUUGCUUGUAGUGGACCUGAGAGCCUGGCAGGUAUCUUGUUCCAGAGAGCAGAGCUGGAACAGUGUCUUAAACCAUCAGUGAUGACUUCAGCAACAAAAAUCACAUCACCUCUGGGAAGCAAUGUACUGCUACGCUGUGAUGCCACUGGAUAUCCAACCCCACAACUUACCUGGAUCAGGUCAGACAAUUUACCGGUGAACUAUACAGUAAUUCAAGAAACUCCAGGAGAGGGUGUCAGAUGGUCCAUAAUAAGUUUGACAGGGAUUUCAUACAAGGAUGCAGGAGACUACAGAUGUAAGGCCAAAAAUUUGGCGGGAAUGUCAGAAGCUGCUGUUACAGUCACUGUGGUAGGUGUUGUCACUACAACUGUGUCACCACAAAAGUAUGGGAAGAAGUUUGAAGCAGACCAACAAAAUAACACAUGGGAGGAAGCCAAGCAAGAAUCUGAAAAAAGCACCACACCUCCUCCACCCUUAACAUCGCUACCCACAACAAUGGCUACCACUGAAAGGCCAACAAGUGCCAAGAUCACAGACAAAAAACAAUCCAAGUCCAUGGCUGAUGGGAAAAAAAGUUCAAAGGGAGUAACAAAUGGAAACAACAAAAAGCCUGAAGAAACUGGCAAAAAAGAUGAGGAGACUUCACUGAAUGCAGCAGCACUGACUGAACAGAAUGUCACCAUAAAGAACCUGAAAGUUAUUAGUGAAACGGACGAAAGAGUUACCUUAACUUGGAAAACCAUCAAUGCCACAAGCAACUCUGCAGUGACUGUAUUGUACUCAAAGUAUGGUGAGAAAGAUAUGCUGCCUCUGAGUACAGAUCCCAGCAAAAACAAAGUUACAAUAGAUGGUUUGCAGCCUAGUACACAAUACAUGGCAUGUGUCUGUCCCAAAGGAGUCCCACCUACAAAAGAUCAAUGCAUUAUUUUCUCCACUGAUGGAAUAAAUGAUGAGAGUGGUUCUCAGGUUUCCAUUUUGGUCAUGACUAGCAGUGCGGCAUGUGUGAUUGUUCUACCUUUGAUAUUUUUCUUACUCUAUAAAGUUUUAAAACUUCACAGGAAACCAAAAUCUGCUAGGGAAGCUGACCUUGCAAAAGAGACCUAUGUCAAAUUUGAAACACUUUCCUUGAAGCCCCGUUCAGUGGGCACAGGAGGAGAGCUCUGGACUCGAAGAGACACUGAUGAGUCAGAAAGACUUCUGCUUUGUUCUAGGUCAAGCAUGGAUUCUCAGAUGACGUUCAAAAGUGAGGGCUCCAGGUCUGAGUACUUCUGUUGAGUGUUGUAUACAGUGGACAAUGUGAAAUACACUAAGGGUAAAACUAAUUCCAAACUGCAGUCUUGUAUCUGAAAGCAGGUCAGUGCCAGGUAGGAAAUGCCACUAUCAGAUAUAGCAUCUGAUACAACUCAGACUGUUGUGGUAGGAGGGGGAAAGGGAAAUUGACAACAGUAUAUAUUUUUUUGUCUUUUUUACAUCCUGUCAUGCAUCCUGUGACUUCUGAUAUGAGAUAGUGAUGUUCCUAGGAGAGUAAAUAGAGCAUAAAGUAAUUCUGCCUGAUUUAUGUUCUUAUAUUUUCUGUUUUUAUUAAACAUUCUGGUAUUUAUCUUGUCAUCUGAUUUCAUGUGUACAACAUGCAAGUUGUAUCCAUCAAGUAUUCCCCACUUUUCUUUUAAAAAUGUUAUGUACUAGAGAAAAGCUAUAGGAGUAAAGCUUAAACUCUGGCUUUGCUUGUGUCGAAGAUAGUCACUUAUACUUAACAUUUGAAAAUACAGAUUUUCUGAUGACAGCUUGUGCUUCAAAAUGUGAUAGAGCACUACAUUGUAUAAUCUCUUGGAGUGGGAGUGAUUUUGGGUUAAUCAAGACUCAAAUCUGUUAU